AUGUUGAUGCUUUGGACAUUUGCCUACCAGCUACUUCUCACGGUGCCAUGGACUACAACCUGGUUACCUAUCGCCGCAUCGACUUUAUAUCUGUGGAUCGUCGAUACAUUGGCUCUCCGCCGAGGCACCUGGAGUAUCGAAUCAGGCACAAAGCUCGGCAUUCAGGUCUGGCCUCAUUUGGAACUAGAAGAAGCCGUCUUCUUCCUUCUGACAAAUACCCUUAUAGUGUGGGGGGCGACUGCGUUUGACAACGCCGUGGCUAUUCUCGACUCCUUUCCGGGGAAUUUCCCCACGGUCCCCGGCAUCCCUCCUCCGACCUUGAUGUUCAAAGCUCUAUUUCUGGCCACUUCAAAAUAUGACACUGCGCGUCUCCACGGCUUGCGAAAUGCACACACAGUUCUUGCUAAGAAAAGCCGAUCAUUCUACCUGGCCUCGGGAGUCUUUGUGGGUCGUCUGAGAAUCGACCUGAUACUCCUCUACGCGUUUUGCAGAGUGGCUGAUGAUCUGAUUGACGACGCGCCUUCUGCAACUGAGGCAAGUAAAUGGGUGCAAUAUUUUACCAAUUUCCUUGAUGUUGCGUACUCACCGAAAAGGGACGAGAACCGGUUACAGCAGGCUCUAGACCCAUUCCCACCCAAGGCACGGUCUAUCUUACGACUUCUUCCCACGGACAAAUUGCCGUCGGCGCCGCUCUACUCGCUUCUAGAUGGCUUCCGGAUCGACCAGAAAUUCUUUGAUGCAGAAUCUAGGCGCAAUCCUCCCAUUGCCACUUUUGCUGACCUUGAACGUUAUGCAAGCUGUGUCGCGGGUACGGUCGGUGAACUCUGUUUGAACCUUGUCUAUUAUCAUGACCCCGAUCAAGGAACACAGACAGAUACAAGACAACAGUGCCUCACUGCUGGUGCGAAAAUGGGCCGAGCCCUGCAAUACAUCAACAUUGUCCGAGAUGUCAAGACAGACGCCGAUGCCGGACGAUGCUACAUUCCUAGCGAGUGGCUUGAUAAUUCAACGCAGGGUUUAGCCGUAUCUCGAGCCGACCAAAUUGCGCUCCAUAGAAGGACAGUCUUGGACGUUGCAUUCGCCAUCUACGCUGAGAAUAGAGAUGCAAUCGAGGCGCUGCCCUAUUAUGCGCGAGGUGGCAUCCGUGUCGCGGUCGAGAGCUACAUGGAAAUUGGCAGGGUGAUGCGCGAGCGAAUGCAGCAGGGCAGGCCUUUAGAUUUUGCUGGUGGUGGCAAGAAGGGACGUUCUAGCGUCCCCAAGCCGAGGAGGAUAUGGGUUGGAUGGAAGACAAUGAUGGGGAGGAGGGGUGCUGUGUGA